GUUGUUUACAAUAGGGGUAAUAAAUUGAAACUAUUAGAAAAUGUAAUAUAGCAAUUCAUAUAAAAAGGUCAAUGCAUUGUAUAUCGUGAUAAAGUUAAUCUUCAAAGCGGACAAUAUUGUAAUAUGGAUUAGGAUUAUAUCAUUUCACCACUGUUACUGGCAUUGUUCCUGAUUUAUUGAAUUUGUAACUGUGUAAAAUAAUCGAAUUCCAACAAAAUGGAUACGCAGUCAGAAAAAAAGAUUUGAGUUGAUUCAAAAAUGUGUGAUUAAUAAUUUAAAAUUACUAUGGAUAUAAGAGUUCGAGAACGCGCUUUACUUUCGUUUUCUAAAAGAAUUGUUUAAUAAAAAACAUUCGUUGUGAAGUUAACAUACAGAGGAAUAAGUGUGACAUAUACAAGAUCAUUGUAAACCCGUCUAUAGAUAUCAAUUUGUACCGGUAAAAUCAUCACAGGUUUUGAAUUUUUUAUAAGCAAGUAUUGGCAUUUGAUUAGUGCGAACAAAACUGGUCAUAAAAUAUGAUCUAACAAAAAAUUAACCCUACGACAUGUAUAAAUGUAUUGUGGAUUAUUGCGGUGACUAUUACAUGUGAUUUAAAGUAAAUUAUCAAAAUUAAUUUCCACGUUUUGAAAGGUGGCGUAGUUACUUACUGAUAAAUAGGAAAAAUUGUUAUCGGAAAUUUGAUACGAGUAUUUUCAUACUAAAUUAUGUGUCGCUUUUCCGUUUUUGGAACAAUUUUGAAUAGAAUAGUUUUCGUUUGAGAUAAAGUAUCGAUAAUACGCCGAGAUCUUUAAAUGUUGAUGUAGAUUUUUCAAUAGAAUAGGUAAAUAUUCUAUAAAGAAGUGUAUAUAACAAAAGUGUAUGUGCCAAACAACGAACACGAAGGUUUGAAAGAAGCAUUAGUUUGUCUAAUUUAAAGUGAAAUCUAUAAUGUUAAGUGCUUGUUUAAAUCUAAAUAUAUAGACUGAUAGAAAUAAUUGGAAUUAUGAUUCCCGAUAUUAGGGAUUUAAAAUAAUUGAUCAUUUUUAUAGAGAAAAUGUGAAUUUAAUUUAACAGCUCUCAAUAUUGAUGUAUUUUAAGAUACGUGUGUAAACAAAGGAUAUAGUAUAAUUAUUUGUAAUCAUGGCGUUCAAUGUGACAUACGGUAGUCUACAAGGCAAAAAUAUAAAACAUUUGUACACGACGCGCGAGAAAACUAUGCACAAAAAUGUCCCACGACAGAAGUUCUAUAGACCGGAGUUCUUAGAAUUAGAAAUACAAGCUAGAGAAAGACAUAGACAAAGGAAAGACAAAAAACCGAAAGUUAAUAUGGAGUUUGUGCCCGAAUUCGAUAUAGAAGUUCCUCGUGCACCAGCAUUUAGAAAAGCGAACAAAGCGUACGUUGAUGAAAUCGUUUCUAGAUUGACACAAAGACCAAAGAUAAAGUCAGACCCUAGAGGUUGUGGUCACUAUCAGCGCGGCUUUCACGAGUAUGAAUGGGAAGAAGAGGAACUAGAAUCACCACGUGAGCCAGUAACUCGCCGAAAAAUGAACAGUAUUCUAGACAGAUUGAUGCAGCCAUGUGGUUGUGGACGCAGACAUCAGUCCCCGGAUUUACGAGAAGAAGAUUAUCUACCGAACUUUAAGUUUUGAUGAAGAGACACAGUAUUUACUGCUUAAUAUUCCAUCCGAUGUUUCCAUUCGUAGAAUAAUUAAACUUUAAUGUCAUAGCACGGGCGCGUGAUAAGACAAAAGACGACUAUAUUUCCAUGGUA